UGUGAGUGACACAUUUUUGACAUUAUAUGAACAUUUAACUCUAACGUAAUUUUUAUAUCGAAUAUGUGUAAACAAUCUUAAAAAUUGAUUGUUUUGAAUGACACUAUGUUGUUGUGAGGCUUUUUAUUGAAAUCGAACGAAAACGUGUAACAAUUAGGGUGUACUGUACGAAAAUCCUUUGCCGAAACAGCACUGAAAAGUGCAAUGAAAAAGUGUAAAAUAUAGGUUGGGCGAAAUGGACAGCUUGCACGUGAGCUCGGCGGUCAAUCAGCAACAGCAGUCCGGCAGCAAGACGUCGAGCCGGAGCACGUCGCCGUGCCGGCCGCGCGAUCUUCAUCCGAUCGGCGGCGCGGUCGCCUCCAGCACGCCGACGACGGCCGCCGCGGCCGCCACCACGUCCACUGUUCCGUCACAUCGACCCCAUCACACGAAAACGCUGAGCCACGGUUCGGUCGAGAGUGCCAAAUCCCAAGAUGGAGGCGGGGUGAGCUAUGCACACCGGACGUCGCGACACCGCUCACCGACCACCAGCUCGUCGCGCACCGGCCCGCCAGACCCGGACGAUUCGACGACAUCGGUGGCGGCAUCGGCGACGGCCGCGGUGGCCAUGUCCGCGUCCGGCCUCGACGACAGCCUGGCCAUCGCCCUUGCCGCCGACACGUCGGCGUCCGGUUGUCUCACGACGGCCGACCAUCUCGAACACUCAUCUUUCCUAUCGAACGGCAGUUCGGAGCACGGGCGGCAGGCCACCGAUGACGAGGUUGAUCGCGUCGAUAUCAAAACCAACACCGUGCUCGAUCAGCUCAAGGAGAAGAUGAACAGGGUUAAAAAUCUGAUGAAAACCGAACAGAAACUUCGAGACGAUAACGUAAACGAAUACCUUAAACUUGCGUCCAAUGCUGACAAGCAACAGGUCCAAAGGAUAAAGGCUGUGUUCGAAAAGAAAAAUCAAAAGAGUGCACAGGUCAUAUCGCAGCUGCAAAAGAAGCUGGACUCGUACCAGAAGCGGUUCAACGAACUGGAAACGCACGGCCUGUCCCAGAGCCAUAGACCGCCGAGGGAAGUGUUACGCGAUAUGGGACAAGGAUUAAAAAACGUGGGAGGGAACAUCCGGGAUGGUAUAACCGGAUUCAGCGGUUCCGUAAUGUCAAAGCCGAGGGAGUUUGCGCAUUUAAUCAAAAAUAAAUUUGGCAGUGCAGAUAAUAUUAGUCAGUUGUCAAGCGGCGUUUUGGUCCCUUUUUCUUUCCGUAAUUUACAUAUUAGCUCAAGGCCUGGUGCGACGGGAUCGGAGGGCAGCGGCGGCGGAGGCGCCAACGGCGGCAGCGACCAAGGCGAGAAGGUCCAUCACGGAUCGGCAACGCUACCGGCCACCUUACACAUUGUAACGUCGCAGAGCUCCAUGACGAGGGCGCAUGCGGCGAAGUUUCCCAGCGACGAGGGUAGCGAGUGCAGCAGUGACAGUAUUGAGAGGUACCGACCAACAGACAGUGGGAACCAAGAAGCUCAAUUUAAAACAGUUUACAGUCAAUUACAUAUUAAGCAGCUAGAAAUAGAACAUUUAAAAAAGAAAUUAGAAAGUUUAGGAGCCAAAUUAGAGAGUAUGAGAACGUGUGAGAAUGAUAUUAGUAUAUUAACAGCAGCAUUACAGGAUGAAAAAUAUAGACGGGAAUCGCUAGAAGAACAAGUUAACGAUUUGACGGAGCUCCAUCAAAACGAAGUUGAAAAUUUGAAACAAGCAAUGGCCGAUAUGGAGGAGAAAGUGCAAUACCAAAGUGAAGAGAGACUUCGAGAUAUACACGAAAUGUUGGAACAUUGCCAAACAAAGAUACAAAAAAUGGAACACCAAGCUCUGCAGCAGCAACAAUAUGUUACACUGGAGGGACUAGACAAUUCGAAUGCGAGAGCUCUUGUCGUAAAACUCAUUAACAUCUUACUGACAGUGCUACAAGUAGUAUUACUUUUGGUAGCCACCGGUGCAGGCAUAAUCAUGCCUUUCCUGAGGACAAGAGUAAGGAUUCUGACAACUGUGGCUAUAGUGUUAGCAUCUGUUUUUAUAUUGAGACAAUGGCCCGAGGUACAAGAUAUAGGUUCGCACGUGAUGAAGCGUUUAAAAGAUACUCUGGAUCCGGUUCAAUAGCAUUUAUGGAACGUUUUUAGCGAAUAAUCUCUCUACGUUUGCAAAUAUGAUACAUUUGUGAAUACAAACUUAAAUGAAUAUAUUAUAACUAGGGAAUUGUUAUACGUUAUCGUUGAGAUUUUAUAAGAAACAAUAACAAAGUAAUUUGUUGUAUGAUAAACUGUCACGGAAAAUGUGACACACACAUUUUUGCAAUAAGAAAUUGAGAUUUUUGUUUUCAACAUUUGAAUAUUUAUUUUAUGCGAAAUAAGUAUGAUUAAGACUUGGUUCACAAAUCAAAAACAGUUUGCAAACCUAAUUUGACUGAAAAUGUCAAUGGAUUGUGAUUUUAGUUCAUUUUUAAGUAGAUUAAGAGAUAUCCCCAUUUUUAAAAACGUAUAGGUCUAGUGCAUAGCACGUGCACUAUUUUUAUUUUAUUUGCAAUUCAACCGAAUUUGUAAAUAUAUUCAGUUUAGGAAAUCGUAGGAGUAUAAUUUUUUACACGAUAUAAAAUAAGAACGUUUAUAGCAAUAUUAAUUUUACGUUUAAGGACAUAAAUCAAAGAUGAAAUUGUUUGCAAAGAUUCAUGGAACAAAUAUAUAAUGUGAUUAUAUUUAUUUCUUUGUUUUUCUUUGUUGUAAUAUUUAGAAGUGAUUUGACAAUAUGUAUCCUGUAUUUUAUUUUAAAGGGCAAUUUUUUUCCUAAAUAUGUAUUUUAGUAAUGUGUUUGUUAUAAUUCAGAUGUAUUGUUUUGCCAAAUUAGAUGUAGAAUAGUAGGUGAUAGGUAUUGUAAAGUAUGGCAAAUGAUAUUGAAAUAUUUGUAACGAAUACAUGUGUAUAUGAAACUUUCCAUUGGAAUUGCAAGUAAAAUUAAAUUUUGCAAUAUUCGUCCAUGUAGAUAUAGGUAAUUUUAAAAAUAUCUUGGUUGUCAUAAUUAUUGUAAUUAUUUAUUCAAUGUAUUUAAAUUUUGAUUCGUUUAUUUAUAAAUUAUUUAAUUUUACCAAAUAUACUUUAUAUUUUUGUCUAUUUACAAUAAAAUUUUAUUUUUUCUGUUGUA